GGAAAUUAGCCCUUGAUUAUCCAAGCCGACCAAUCAUCUUGUUGGCUGUUCCGUUCAACUCCCUCGCAAUUUUGAUCCUGUUAAAUGGCGUUUGGGAAAGUCAAGGAAGGAAUGCCUUUAUGAAGAAUGAACUCCCAGCCACCAAGUGGUCAGCCAGGGCCGGCCCCUGUGGCGCCAACUGCAACAUCCACACCAGCACCAGCAACCACAGCAACAUCAGUUCCAACCACACCAACAUUAAUCACACCAAUGCCAACUUUACCAACAACAAUGGCUACCAUACCAACACCAAUGCCCACUUUAACGAAAGAAACCAGUCAACCUCCUGCCAAGAAGAUGAAGCUUGGCACACCACCAUCAGUUGUUCAUGAAUCUGCAGCUAGCAUUUCUUGCCCGGCAUCUAAGGUCUUGACCAAUCAGACGUCAUCAGUAUUGACCAAUCAGACACCACCAAUUGCGACCAAUCAGAUGUCAUCAUUUCCUCCAGGUACCAUCAGCCUGACUAUCACCAAUGGUGUUAUCAACCUGAACGCACCACCAGGUGGUGUUGCGGGAAAGGCGUCCAGUGUCCCCCCAGGUCUGCGGGGUGCCCAGUCCACAGUCCUAGCAGGGGUAGCAGGAAGUCUGGUGAAGGGUCCGAGAUCUCGCAUGCCCUUAAAGGGCCACUCUCAGCAAGCAGGAGGGAUGUUAGCUACCAGUAUGCCCUUAAAGGGACACCCACAGCAAGCAGGAGGGAUGUUAGCUACAAGUAUGCCCUUAAAGGGACACCCACAGCAAGCAGGAGGGAUGUUAGCUACAAGUAUGCCCUUAAAGGGACACCCCCAACAAGCAUCCAGCUCACCCAACACCAUGGUAACAAGUCACACACAGCUCAAGAUUCCCAACCCUUCUACAUUCCCCAUGCGAGGCCCCACUCCCAUUCUUUCCCCCAGCCAGGCCCUGCCCCCGGGGGCCACCUUGACCGUGACUCUUCCUGCUCGCACAUCUGUGCCCCUACAGACAGUGGCUACAAUAGGGCAGCCCAUCAUGACCGCAGGAAUGACCGUCAAGGCACUCGCUCAGGAUGGCACCAGUCACUCGGCCCCUGGUCAUUCCAUUCCGUUACAGCACAUGUCAGCUCUUCCUCGACAACCCGGUGCAGCUCGUCCUCAACAUCAGGUUACGUUACAUCCACUGACACUGUUACCACGACAACCUCUGCACCCACAAAGACAGCAGCUAUUGCAACGCCCGACCCGAUUUGCCCAACAGCCGAUAAACCUGCAGAACGCUCGACUGCCAGCCACCCAUCCCAGCUUGCGUCCAGUGUCUGCACCACAGCUUACCUUCCAGAUUGCACCUGGAUCAUCUCAGGCAGCACAAAGUCUCGGUCCAGGUCAACAGCUACUGCAACAAAGGCCACAGUUACUUGCUCAGGCUCGUCCACAGCUGGUGAUUCAGACAGCUCGGCCUCUGGUGCCAAGCACCCAGGUGACCAGCCCCAUGCUGCACUCUCCUCUCCUUCUGAAGGAUCCCAUGCAGCAAGCAAUGGUUCACACACCCAUCAUCCUGAAGGACCCACCUCCAUACCCAGGGGUGAAGGCGGACGGCAUCACACAGAUGGUGCUGCAGGCCCAGCAGGGCAUGUCAGGCGGGGUCAUCAUGACCUCGGAUCCCAACAUCCGACCCCAAAAUGUCAUCGUGCCACCCCCUGUUCCGUCUUCCUUAGAAGCAGAAAGUGCUGGAAAGCCUGCACCAACAGCAGUUAUUGCACCAACUACGGAUGUAGUUCAUGGGGAUGCAAGAACAGCCAUGGAUGCCAGCGAGACAAAGAAUGACGGAAGAGAUGCUACUGGAGCACAGAGAGGUCCCGAGGCACAUGGAGCAACUGAGGCACGCAAGGGUCCCGAGACAGCUGGGGAAGAGAACAAGACAAAGGAAGCAGGCAGCCAGCCAAAGAAUCAGGUCAACGAACAGAAUCAGUCCAAUGUUAAGAAUCAGUCCGGUGAACUGAAUCAGUCUGGUGUCCAGAGUCAGUCCAAUGACCAGGGUCGGGCUGAAGCAGCUAAGGGGAACUCUGGGAGGCAGAAUCGAGAUGAUGCAGCAACAGAGGAACCUGCUGACCCGAUGGAUGCCAUGGUGUGGGAGGAUGGAGUGGCUACACUGCCUGGCAGCGACUUCAAGUUUAAGAUAAACGAGUUUGGUGCUAUGGAGUUAAUCACAGACGAUGGUGCUGACAUCGAGAGUGCAAGAAACUCAGCAGCCAUUACCAACAACAACCAUUUGUCCGCAGCCCCUGUAGAUGGGCAGCAGCAGCAGCAGCAGCAGCAGAGUGAUCCUCGACCUGACACCACCAAGCCCUGUGACACCACCAUGGCCUGUGUGGACACUACAGCCACAGUAGUGAAGGUGGAACCAGGGACGGAAACAGGAAGUGAAGUGGUUGCUGUGAAGGAGCGUGUGGGUCCAGGACGACCAAGGUUGUUGAUGGGGAUGAAGAAAAAGAAACGCAAAUUAAUGAUGGGAGAUGAUGGUCGGCCAAAACUAAAAAUCAGCAUUCCUGGAAAUGAAGAAGAUGGUUUGAGUAAACUUCCCACCGCGCCAGGUCGCAAGUCACGGACAUUUUCCUGGACCCAGUAUCUCGAGGAGGAGAACGCAGUGGAGGCACCUUCCAAAUUUUUCAAAAAUCCAUUCCCAGCCAGCCAGAAGCCUGGGUUCAAGGUUGGGAUGAAGCUGGAAGGCAUCGACCCCCGCCACCAGUCUCUCUACUGCGUGUUGUCAGUAGCAGAGCUGCAGGGACAUCGCAUACGGCUACACUUUGAUGGCUACUCGGAGUGCUACGACUUCUGGGCCAUGGCUGACUGCGCCUUCCUCUUCCACGCAGGCUGGUGUGAGAAGAACGGCAAAACUCUCCAGCCCCCCAAAAAUUAUGCACCAGAAGGGUUUUCCUGGAACACCUAUCUGAAGAUGUCGAGGGCACCAGCGGCACCCAAGUCCCUCUUCAUCAACCUGCCUACAACAAUGGUGACCCCUACAGCAUUCCGAGUGGGCAUGAAACUGGAGGCAGUGGACAAGAAAAACGUCAACCUAAUCUGUGUUGCCACGGUGACGGACACGUUAGGGGAGAAAGUGCUGAUCCACUUCGACGGCUGGGAGGAUAGCUAUGAUUACUGGUGUGACAUCACAUCCCCCUUCAUACACCCUGUCGGCUGGUGUCAAGAGAACGCUCGGGCUCUCUCUCCUCCAUUUGACACGAAGGAUAUAGAGAAGUUCACCUGGGAGGACUACCUGCAACAGACCAAGUCUUCUGCCGUCCCGGCAAGAGCUUUCAAACCACGCCCCCAGGUGGGGUUUGACCCCGGCAUGAAGGUCGAAGUAGUGGACCGUCGCAAUCCAAGACUGAUGCGUGUGGCUACUAUAGCUGAGGCAGAAAACUACCAGGUGAGGAUCCAUUUCGAUGGCUGGUCCGACGUCUACGACUACUACCUGGAAGAUGAUAGCUUGGAGAUCCGCCCGGUCGGUUGGUGCCGCAAGACAGGACAUGUCCUCGAACACCCUCUCAGUCCAUCGGAGCUAGCGUCCUCCCCCAGUCAAGGUGGGUGUCCCACCCCCGGGUGCAGGGGUGUCGGCCACAUAAAGGGGGCCAAGUAUGUCGGCCAUCACAGUGCAUUCGGCUGCCCGUAUUCUACGAUGAACAUGAACAAGGAGACAACACUGCAAGACCGCCUCGGCUCCACCCGGUCCGAGGAUUCUCUCCCCACCCCGUUGUCAGCUCGCAGCAAGCUGGACUACCCCUCAUCACCGGAGGCCAAGAGAUGUCCCACCCCAGGCUGUGAUGGGUCGGGUCACAUCACGGGCAAGUUUACCGCUCAUCAUAAGUUGUCUGGCUGUCCUCUGGCAGAGAAAAACCUUCUCAAGUUCAAACAGAAAGAAGACAGUCCUCCAAAGCCAUAUUUUGGUGCCAAACGAGGCCGAAAAAGACACAAGUUCCUGAGGUUUGGUGAGCGUGUAGAACGACCGUUCCGUGUCAAGGAAGAGAUCAGGGAAGACACUGAGGCUGUUCACCAGGAGAUCCACCAGUCGGUCUUCAUGUCGGCCAUGGCUCCCAACCCUGCCCGUGACCUCCCUCUGUGCUGGGAGCAGCACUCUAAGCUGUUGCCUGGUGUGGACAAGAUCAGGGCGGGCACCGUGUCCAAGUGGACCAUCACGGAGGUGGCUGACUUUGUGCAGACUCUACCAGGAUGUGAGGAACAGGGCAAGGUCUUUCAGGAGGAGCAAAUUGAUGGAGAAGCAUUCCUUCUCUUGAAUCAAACUGAUAUUGUGAAGAUCAUGAACAUAAAGCUUGGUCCUGCUCUCAAGAUCUUCAACAGCAUACUCAUGUUCAAAAGUGCCAAUGAAGCGUGAUGCAGACGGGCAUAGGACAAGCAUCAUGCUGGGUUACCCAACACAUAGUGUAGCAUAAUAAGCAGGAUGGAUGUUGUCGUAGUCCCGUAGAGGUCAAGGUCAGCUGCUGGCUGUAGAUGUAGUUCACUGUGUAAAACACAGAAUAGGGCGUGUGACACACAUAAUGUGCGACAUACGUAAUGUGCGACAUACAUAAUGUGAGACAUACGUAAUGUGCGACGCACGUAAUGUGCGACACACGUAAUGUGAGACAUACGUAAUGUGCGACACACGUAAUGUGAGACAUACGUAAUGUGCGACACACAUAAUGUGAGACAUACGUAAUGUGAGACAUACGUAAUGUGAGACACACGUAAUGUGCGACACACGUAAUGUGAGACAUACGUAAUGUGCGACACACGUAAUGUGCGACACACGAAAUGUGAGACAUACGUAAUGUGCGACGCACGAGUGAGCACCAUGUUGUAAUGUGUGAAGAGUGUUGUAAUGUACAAGACAUGGUCGGGUGAAUACAGGAAAUGCCUUUGUGUUUGAGAUACGUGGAAUUGAGUUUUAUCAGUGACACGUGCCAUGGUCUGGCAUCAGCCACAGAAGACUCGGGAUGGCAUAAGUGUAAUGUGACAGUCGGCAGCUGUGAAGAUCUGUAUGUGUGUUAACUGACAUCUCUCUGUAUGACGGAGUGUGAGUGACUGAAACUGCUUUGUGUCAGUGAUAAUCUGAGGUCAUGAUGGGGUCUUUGCAACAUUGUGUAAACUGGCAGCAUGACUUCAAGUGAUAACUCCAUGCAUAAUGAGUGAAGGUGAUGACUUGGUGCUGUCUGAGACAUAAUACAGGAACCAUACUCACGCUGUGUUGGAGAGUACAAGUGAUAGAACCAGUUCUUGUGUGAUGUCUACUGGUGAUACAGGUGAUAGUUUAUGCAUUCUUGUUCUCAUAGAGUCUGGAGAUACUGUUACAGCUUGUUGUUUGGUUGCACUGCAUGUGUAAGUAAAAUGUGAAUGCAUGUUGAUGGAGGUUACAGCAAAAUGUGCACCUUAUUUCCUUAUUUCUUUGCACUUCUCACUGACCUCUGGUCGUAGUGCAGACCUUAACUAGGACGAGUAUAAAAUGCUCAGAAAAUGUAAUUCUAGCCUUUGUGGAUGACAUUGCAACAGUUGGCUGACCCCUAGAGGUGACCUUGCUACAGUGGGCUGACCCUUGAGGUGACAUUGCUACAGUUGGCUGACCCCUAGAGGUGGGUUGACCCCUGGAGGUGACAUUACUACAGUUGGCUGACCCCUGGAGGUGACCUUGCUACAGUGGGCUGACCCUUGAGGUGACAUUGCUACAGUGGGCUGACCCCUAGUGGUGACACUAGCAGUGAUCGUACUACCUAGCUAAUCUCUAGAAUGGUACAGAAUGUACACUUCACAAGGUAACCAGUGUACCUUUGACUGAUCUGUAGUGGUCAUAGGCUUACCACCAGAGGGGUGACCUUCUUGUCUGAGAUACACCUCUAGAGGUGCCCUUGGUGCCUGAGUGCUAGUAGGGGUGACUUUGGUACCUGAGCUUGCUUGAUAAGAUGACCUUGGUACCUGAGUGCUUGUCGAGGUGACCUCAGUACCUGAGAGCUUGUAGAAGUGACCUCGGUACCUGAGUGCUUGUAGAGGUGCCCUCGGUACCUGAGUGCUUGUAGAGGUGCCCUCGGUACCUGAGUGCUUGUAGAGGUGAUAUCGGUACCUAAGAGCUUGUAGGGGUGACCUCGGUACUUGAGUGCUCGUAGAGGUGACCUAGGUACCUGAGUGCUUGUAGAGGUGACCUCGGUACCUGAGUGCUUGUAGAGGUGCCCUCGGUACCUGAGUGCUUGUAGAGGUGAUCUCGGUACCUAAGAGCUUGUAGAGGUGACCUCGGUACCUGAGUGCUUGUAGAGGUGACCUUGGUACCUGAGUGCUUGUCAAGGUGACCUUGGUACCUGAGCUUGUAGAGGUGACCUUGGUACCUGAGUGCUUGUAGAGGUGACCUUGGUACCUGAGUGCUUGUAGAGGUGACCUCGGUACCUUAGCGCAUUUAGAGGUGACUUUGGUACCUCAGCUUGCUUGUCGAGGUGACCUUGGUACCUGAUUGCCUGUAGAGGUGACCUCGGUACCUCAGCUUGCAUGUAGAGAUGACCUCGGUACCUGAGCUUGUAGAGAUGACCUUGGUACCUGAUUGCCUGUAGAGGUGACCUCGGUACCUGAGCUUGCAUGUAGAGAUGACCUUGGUACCUGAGUGCUUGUAGAGGUGACCUUGGUACCUGAGCUUGCUUGUCGAGGUGACCUUGGUACCUGAGUGCUUGUCGAGGUGACCUUGGUACCUGAGCGCUUGUAGAGAUGACCUUGGUACCUGAUUGCCUGUAGAGGUGACCUCGGUACCUGAGCUUGCAUGUAGAGAUGACCUUGGUACCCGAGCUUGUAGAGGUGACCUUGGUUCCCGAGCUUGUAGAGGUGACCUUGGUACCCGAGCUUGUAGAGGUGACCUUGGUACCCGAGCUUGUAGAGGUGACCUUGGUACCUGAGUGCUUGUAGAGGUGAUCUUGGUACCUGAGUGCUUGUAGAGGUGACAUAGGUACCUGAGCUUAGUUGCAGAGGUGACUUUGGUACAUGGUAUAACCCCUAGAAGCAACCUUUGAACAAGAGGCUUUAUAUGUUGAGUAAUUCCUAGUGCCUUCAUAAGAGGCAAUCUGUGACCUGGCAGGAUCAUUAUGGUGGACAGCUCCGGUGGCUGUGUAGAGGGUGGUCUGUUGAUUGUUUCUAUAGCCCAGUGGGACUUUGUACUACUAUUGUUUCUAUUAUUAUUGUUAUUGCCUUACUGGUAUCUGCUGACAGCUAACAGUGCUCAAAUCUGGGGAUAUGUUAUUGAGGGUACACUAGAUGCUAGUGAUAUGGGAGAGACUAGAUGCCAGUGAGAUUGGUAAAUGCUAGCAUUAUGGGUGGGGAACACACACUAGUGAUAUGCAAGGAGUACACACACUAGUGAUUAGGGUGGGAUACGCAUGUGUAAUGAUGGUAGGAUUCAAAAGAUGUUUAAUGAUAUUAGUGCAGUACACAGGCGUGAUAUGUUUAAGGGGGACACACAUUUGUGAUAUCGGUGGGGUACAAACGUGUAGUGUCUGUGGGAUCCAAAAGAUGCUAUUGAUAUUAGUGGGGUACACAAACUCCUGAUAUUGUUUGAGGGAUACAUACACUAGUGAUAUGGGAGGGGUAAACUAGAUGCUAGUGAUAUGGGUGGGUUUCACAAGAUGCCGUUUAUGUGGGAGGGGUACACACUUGUGAUGUGGGUGGGUACAUCGAUGGGAGUUGAUGCAUUGGGUGUUGCACACCAGAAGGACAUGGGUAUCUAUGGAGAGGGAUGGGUCUUGUGGGUGAUGCUUUGUUAGGUCUUACUGAAGAUGUUUCUUGAGGGUGAAAAAACUUGUAUUCAACACAUUCAUCUUUGUCUCAAAUAAAAGAUUUUUAUUCACCA